AUUUUUUUUAAUUCGUUUUAUUUAAAAAAUCCCUUAUCAGAUCUAAACCGUUUUCACAAGAAACUAAUGUGGAGUCCUCCCCACCCACCUGAAAAUUCAAUUUUCUUGCAGAAACCUUAAAGCACAACAACAGCAGCAACAAACAACACAACAAAAACAGUAGACUAGCAGCAAGAGAAGCAAAAGCAAAAAUAACAGCAGUAGCAACAAUAUCGAGGCCAUAAGUUUGGUUUCGAACUUUUUGUUUUCGGAAAACAAGGAAACCGGACCGAAAACGAAGGCAGAAACAAAAACGAAAGCAAAAACGGAAACUAAAACAAAGACUUCGUUGUGUUUUUGAUUUCUACAUUUGCUUUACGUUUUGGUCUUCAGUUUUCAAAUUGAUAAUUUCUAUUUAAUUGUAUACGUAAUUUGAAUCUUAAUCAGGUUUUUGAGCUCUGUUUUGGACAAUGCGAGGUCGAAUUUGAGUUUUUUUUGGAGGAAUCGAGGGGCGAAUAUGCAAUAUUUUGAUUAAAAUAAGGGUUUUGAGCUCGGUUUUUGAUGAUCCGCUCUUUCUCAAGCUAUCACUAAUGAAAUUUUUUGUCUGCGAAGACUAUUUGAGCAGAGAUAUAGCGGUAUUUUGGUUCAAGCUAGGGUUUUUUAGCUCAGUUUUCAUCGGCACUGCGUAUGAGAAGAGAAGAAAAUUGAUUUGAGUGGCAGAAUCAUUUUAUUUUCUGUGUUUAUGGUUGGCGUUUUUUGACCUCUGUUUUUUUUCAAGGAACCCUAAUCAAUGCAGAGAACUUGUGAUUGAGUUUCAAAUCUGUAAUAUUUCUAUCUGAAUCAGGGCUAUAGAGCUCUGUUUUCAAUAAUGCGACAGUGAAACUAAUCUUUGGGUUUUUGUAACCGCAACGUUUUGAGGUGUGUUUUAAAGUUGAGGGUUGUAUUAUAGAACUGCAGCCAUGAUGUUAUCCGCGUCACCAUCGAUGGUGGCUCGUAGUUCGUUAGAGGAGAUGUUGGAAUCGUUACGCAGGCGGGAUGAGGCUGAGAAGCCCAAAGACCUGCCUCCAGCCUUGCCUGCACGGCCCACUUCGAGGGCAAGGCUUCCGUCAGCCAGGAAAUCGUUGCCCGCUGGCUUCAAAACUGAAGUGGAGAAAGGUGGGGAAUGUGGCAUGGAAAGUGUUUUGGAAAGGAGUGAGUCUAAUUUAAAGGAAGAGGGAAAGAGGAAAGAGAAGGAUUUUGGAGUGAAGAGGAAUAGCUUCGUGAGCAAGAAAAUGAGGACAGAACAAAAGGAUGUGGAUUCACCAUAUAAUGGUGGGGUGGUGGUGGAGGAAGAGAAGAAAAAUGAGGCUUUUGAAGUGAAUGCAUUGAAGCCAGGCAGGAACGGGGAAUUAGAGUGGGAUGAUAAUAUUGGUUAUUUUAUCAAGAAGAAACUACGAGUUUGGUGUCCUCUCAUGAAUGGGAAGUGGGAGUCUGGAAAGAUAGAAUCCACCUCAGGGGAUGAAUCGUUUGUUUCUCUUUCCAAUGGAAAUGUUGUCAAAGUGUCAACUGUAGAGCUCUUACCUGCAAACCCAGAUAUACUGGAUGGUGUGGAUGAUCUUAGACAACUUAGUUAUUUGAAUGAACCGUCAGUUCUUCACAAUAUACGUUAUAGAUUUUCUCGGGAUAAGAUUUAUAGUAAAGCAGGACCAGUUUUGGUUGCUGUCAAUCCUUUUAAAGAUGUCAAAAUUUAUGGAAAUAAGGUUGUCACAGCUUAUAGGCAGAAAGUUACGGACAGUCCUCAUGUUUAUGCUAUAGCAGACAAUGCUUAUAAUGAGAUGAUGGGAGAUGGGGUAAAUCAAUCCAUAAUUAUGAGUGGGGAAAGUGGUGCUGGGAAGACAGAGACAGCAAAAUUUGCAAUGCAGUACUUGGCUGCUCUUGGUGGAGGCAGUGAUGGGAUAGAGCAUGAAGUCCUUCAGACAAAUUGUAUACUUGAAGCAUUUGGGAAUGCAAAAACAUCCAGGAAUGACAACUCUAGCCGAUUUGGGAAAUUGAUUGAGAUUCACUUUAGCACCUUGGGGAAGAUAUGUGGCGCUAAAAUCCAGACUUUUCUGCUGGAGAAGUCAAGAGUAGUGCAGUUGGCUGCUGGUGAAAGGUCCUACCAUAUCUUUUAUCAACUUUGUGCUGGUGCUCCAUUGCUUUUGAAAGAGAGACUGAACCUUAAAAUGGCAUGUGAUUACAACUACCUUAAUCAGAGUGAAUGCUUGGCAAUUGAUGGUGUUGAUGAAGCUCAAAAUUUUCAUAAUCUUAUGAAAGCCUUAGACAUGGUUCAAAUUUGUAAAGAAGACAAAGACAAUACAUUUGCUAUGCUUGCUGCGGUUUUAUGGUUGGGAAACAUAUCAUUUCAAGUAAUUGACAAUGAGAAUCAUGUGGAGGUGUUGGCUGAUGAAGCUGUAACUUCUGCUGCUAGGCUGAUGGGUUGCAGUGCUGAGGCACUGAUGCUAGCUUUAUCUACCCAUAAAAUUCAAGCUGGCAAGGAUGGUAUUGCUAAAAAGUUGACAUUGCAGCAGGCGAUUGAUACCCGGGAUGCAUUGGCAAAAUUCAUAUACGGAAGCUUGUUUGAAUGGCUUGUAGAACAAAUUAACAAAUCACUUGAACUGGGCAAAUGGCAAACAGGGAGAUCCAUAAGUAUCCUUGAUAUUUGUGGGUUUGAAUCUUUUAAGAAGAAUAGCUUUGAACAGUUUUGUAUUAAUUAUGCAAAUGAGAGGCUGCAACAACAUUUCAACCGGCAUCUAUUUAAACUUGAGCAGGAGGAAUAUGAAUUAGACGGCAUUGAUUGGACCAAAGUUGAAUUUGAAGACAAUGAAGAGUGUUUGAAUCUAAUUGAGAAGAAACCAUUGGGGAUACUAUCUUUACUAGAUGAGGAAUCAAAUUUCCCAAAAGCCACUGAUUUGACAUUUGCAAAUAAGCUUAAACAGCACUUGAGUUUAAAUUCUUGCUUUAAAGGGGAGAGAGGCAGAGCUUUUGGUAUUCGACAUUACGCUGGAGAGGUUCUAUAUGACACGAAUGGCUUUCUGGAGAAGAAUCGAGAUCCUCUGCACUCUGACCUCAUCCAACUUCUGUCAUCAUGUUCUUGCCAACUCCUAAAGUUGUUUUCCAAAAUGCCUAAGCAGUCCCAUAAAUCAGCUAACUUUUGUUCAUUGGAUUCUAAAAAGCAAAGUGUUGGUACAAAGUUCAAGGGUCAACUCUUCAAACUAAUGCAGCAGUUGGAGAACACAAAACCUCACUUUAUUCGCUGCAUAAAGCCAAACAGUAAGCGGCUUCCCGGUAUAUAUGAUGAAGAUCUUAUUUUACAACAGCUCAGGUGUUGUGGAAUUUUGGAGGUGGUUAGAAUCUCAAGAUCAGGAUAUCCUUCUCGAAUGACACAUCAAGAGUUUGCAGGAAGGUAUGGAUUCCUGCUCUCGGAGAACCAUGUAUCUCAGGAUCCAUUAAGUAUAUCAGUGGCUGUUUUACAGCAGUUUAAUGUUCUUCCUGAAAUGUAUCAAGUUGGUUAUACCAAAUUGUAUAUCCGUUCCGGGCAGGUUGGUGUGUUGGAGGAUAGGAGAAAACAAGUUUUGCAAGGAGUAGUUGGGCUUCAAAAGUUUUUCCGUGGUCGCCGGGCUCGUCAUUAUUUCCAUGAACUCAAGAAAGGAGUAAUAACAUUGCAAUCAUUUGUUCGUGGUGAAAAUGCUAGAGUGAAAUAUGCUACUUUGGAAAAGAGGUGCACAGCUAGUGCUCCCCAAAUACUGGAUGAGCCGUUGACAACAAUCAUAUUUUUGCAAUCCGUAAUCCGUGGGUGGUUGGUUCGGAAGCAUUACAUGCAUAAUUUAAAACAAUCAAAUCUUGUGAAUUCAAAAUCUAAAAAGAGGCCUUGCUGGAAAAUUUUAGAAGUGAAGGAUUUGCCACAAGAGCAGGCCCAGCUUCUGCCUUCAGCUUUGGCGGAGCUUCGAAGGCGAGUUCUUGAGGCAGAAGCUACUAUGGGCCAAAAAGAAGAGGAAAAUGCUGCUUUGCGUGAACAAUUACAACAGUAUGAAACAAGGUGGACAGAGUACGAGGCAAAGAUGAAAUCUAUGGAGGAGAUGUGGCAAAAGCAGAUGUCAUCUUUGCAAAUGAGUCUUGCUGCUGCCAGAAAAAGCCUUGCUGCUGAUAACACUGUAGGUGAGGCUGGAAGAGAAACAUCUUCAUCACCUCACUUUUAUGAUUCUGAGGAUGCAACAUCCAUGGGAUCUCGAACUCCUGGUGGAACUACACCCGUCAAAUAUUCCAAUGCCAAUGCUGAUGGAGCAGGCAGAGGGUCUAAUGGUGGUUUGACUGCUGUCAACAAUCUGGUAAAGGAAUUUGAGCAGCGGAAACAGACUUUUGAUGAUGAUGCCAAAGCUUUGGUUGAGGUUAAAACAACGGUGCCACUUCCUAAUGUGCAUCCUGAUGCCGAGCUUCGAAAAUUGAAAGCAAGGUUUGAGGCAUGGAAGAAAGAUUACAAGACAAGAUUAAGGGAGACUAAGGUAAGGCUUCAUAAAGUGGCGAACUCAGAAGUUCGACGCACAUGGUGGGGAAAGCUAAGCUCAAAAGUUUCAUAGUAUUCCACUUCAUAUUAGCAUCGCCGUUUGUGUUAAG